AUGGUUGCGUUUUCUCCCGUGGCCCUGGGCCUUUUGACGCUUGUCGGCCACUCCACGAUGGCUUCUGCGCAGUCCAAUUCAGCUGUCGUCGCCGACGAUACCAGCUUCGCCCUGAACGGCGACAAUGUCUCCUACCGAUUCCACGUCAACGAGACUACCGGCGAUCUUGUAUCCGACCACUUCGGCGGCAGCGUCGGCGGCGCAAUCCCCUCGCCCAAGGAACCAGCUGUCAACGGCUGGGUCGGUGAAACGGGUCGAACCCGGCGCGAGUUCCCAGACCAGGGCCGUGGUGAUUUCCGCAUUCCUGCUGUUCGCAUUCGGCAGACGGCUGGGUAUGCUGUCAGCGAUCUCCAGUAUAAGUCGCAUGAGGUGGUAGAGGGGAAGAGUGGCCUGCCUGGUCUGCCGGCGACCUUUGGGGAUGCAGGGGAUGUGACGACGUUGGUUGUGCAUCUGUAUGACAAUUAUAGCUCUGUUGCGGCGGAUUUGUCGUACUCGAUCUUUCCCAGGUAUGAUGCUGUGGUGAGGAGUGUCAACGUUACCAAUAAGGGCGAGGGCAAUAUCACUAUCGAGUCGCUGGCCAGUCUGAGCGUCGACUUUAACUAUGAAGAUCUGGAGAUGAUCAGUCUACGAGGCGACUGGGCUAGGGAAGCGAAUCUCCAGAGGAGCAAGAUCGACUAUGGCGUGCAGGGAUUUGGGAGCAACACUGGCUACUCCUCUCACCUGCACAAUCCCUUCCUGGCAAUCGUAGAGCCUUCUACUACCGAAUCCCAAGGCGAAGCAUGGGGCUUCAACCUCAUCUACACCGGCUCCUUCUCCGCUGAAGUCGAAAAAGGAUCCCAAGGCCUGACUCGAGCCCUACUCGGCUUCAACCCUGACCGUCUAUCAUGGACUCUUGGCCCUGACGAAACAUUAACGACCCCCGAAUGCGUCGCAGUCUACUCAAAGAACGGCAUCGGAGGCAUGUCUCGCAAGUUCCACCGUCUCUACCGCAACCACUUGAUCAAGAGCAAGUUCGCAACCUCAGACCGCCCCGUCCUGCUCAACAGCUGGGAAGGCGUCUACUUCGACUACAACCAGAGCACCAUCGAGACUCUCGCCGAGCAAUCCGCUGCUCUAGGAAUCCACCUCUUCGUCAUGGACGACGGCUGGUUCGGCGACAAGUACCCCCGGACUGCAGACAAUGCCGGCCUGGGCGACUGGACACCAAACCCAGAGCGCUUCCCAGACGGUCUCUCCCCGGUGGUUGAAGAUAUCACAAACAUCUCCGUCAAUGGAACCGAAGAUACAAAACUCCGCUUCGGCAUCUGGGUCGAGCCCGAGAUGGUCAAUCCCAACUCCAGCCUAUACCGUGAACACCCGGACUGGGUCCUCCACGCAGGGCCCUACCCUCGCACUGAACGGCGCAAUCAACUCGUCUUAAACGUUGCUUUACCGGAAGUCCAAGACUUCAUCAUCGACUUCAUGACGGACCUACUCAACAGCUCCGACAUCUCAUACAUAAAAUGGGACAACAACCGGGGGGUGCACGAGUCACCAUCCCCAAGUAACGACCACAAAUACAUGCUCGGUCUCUACCGCGUCUUCGACACAUUAACCACCCGCUUCCCCGAUGUGUUGUGGGAAGGAUGCGCCUCAGGCGGCGGACGCUUCGAUCCAGGCGUCCUGCAGUACUUCCCCCAGAUCUGGACAUCCGAUAACACGGACGGAGUCGACCGAGUCACCAUCCAAUUCGGGACAUCACUUGCGUAUCCUCCCUCGGCAAUGGGCGCGCAUCUCUCCGCCGUACCAAACCACCAAACAGGCCGGACUGUUCCUAUGGAGUUCCGCGCGCACGUUGCAAUGAUGGGCGGGUCGUUCGGGCUGGAAUUGGACCCCGGUACACUCCAGAAUAACACCGCCGUGCCGGAGCUGCUGAAGCUGGCGGAGAAGAUUAACCCGAUUAUCCUAACGGGGGAUCUGUAUAGGUUGAGAUCUCCUGAGGAGUCGCAGUGGCCUGCUGCGUUGUUUGUCGCGGAGGAUGGGUCGCAGGCUGUCCUGUUUUAUUUCCAGCUGAGGCCGAAUGUUAACCAUGCGGCGCCGUGGGUGAAACUUCAGGGGCUGGAUGAAGAGGCGCAGUAUAAGGUUGAUGGCGAGGGGACGUUCUCUGGAGCGACGCUGGUGAAUAUGGGGCUGCAGUAUACGUUUGAUACGGAGUAUGGCAGUAAGGUGGUGUUUAUUGAGAGGCAGUAA